CUAAUGUCGGGUGCCUGUGUUGACGACGCUAUUAUGAGUCGUCCUUUCUUAGCGGUGAAAUGUCAAGAUCGUCAAACCUUGCGAUGUUAUUUUUGAAAUAAGAAUAUUAUAAAUGAAGUUCUUACAAAACAAACAGUUUUUUCAACUAUGUUCAAGAUGUUUGCAGCAGAGAAGUCUCUGUUCUGCACCAGCCAGCAGUGCUGUAGACCUCUCGUACUAUGCCUAUGAGAAGCAGACAGAGGAUUCUUCCAAGGCCCAGCAGUUUCCCCUCAUCCUCAUGCACGGACUGAUGGGCUCCAAACAGAACUGGCAGAGCAUUGCUAAAGUGCUGGGCAGGAAAGGCAGGAAGGUGCUUGCAGCAGAUGCUCGCAACCAUGGUGGCAGUCCCCAUGUGGAGAAUAUGAACUACCAGCUGUUCACAGAGGACCUUCUACGACUCAUGGACACACAGUUCAUAGAGCAGGCUGUCCUACUAGGGCACAGCAUGGGGGGGAAAACUGCCAUGGUCACUGCACUUACACAUGCAGAGCGGGUGGCUGGGCUGAUAGUAGUGGAUGUGUCUCCCACAAUGAGCCCGUCUCUCCAGACCCACCCACAGUACCUGGAGGCCAUGCUGCGUAUCCCACUUCUUACCAUGGCCGACACCCAUGACACGGAAAACACCCCCCUCUCCACUGUCCGCAGACAUGUGUACCAGGAACUGGCGAAAACUAUUCAAGAUGAUGCCAUGCGUCAUUUCCUCGCCUCUAACCUUGUAAUACGAGGCAACAAGUUUAGCUGGAAAUGUAACCUGGAUUCAAUCAUCAACAAUUUCCCAGACCUUGCCUCCUUCCCCAGUUUUGAUCAGAGCCAGUACUAUGGCGGAACACUGUUUAUAGGCGGCUCGAACUCUGAUUACAUCAUUGAGGAAAAUAUUCCGCAGAUCAAGAAGUUUUUCCCACUAGCUGAAAUCCGACACAUCGAGGGUGCUGGUCACUGGGUACAUUCUGAUAAGCCUGCCCAAUUCAUUACUGCUGUUAACAAAUUCCUGAAUGAAGCAGGAGUUUGACGAAUGCAUUUUAUAAAAAUAUAAACUGUUAAUUAAUGUUGGCAUUUUUUGGGGAAAAAGCUCAUAAACACCUAUUGGGGUCAAAUACCGAGUCAAAAUUUGUGUAUUAUACAUACUAUAUGGCAUGCAUGUUUAUAUACAUGUAUCAGAAUUGCAAACUUGUUCCAAAUGAUUUGUUUAAAUAAAAGUAUUUUCUGUUUUU